AUGGUCAAAAAAUUGCACAAUGAUACGAUUAACCAUAAAAUCAUUGUAGAGAGAACGAUAGUAGGAGAGGAGCUUAUAGAUGUGACCUUACAUAUUCUUGAUGUGGACAUAGGGGAUUCUGGAAAUUACACCUGUGAAGCUAUGAACAACAUCACAACUGAGAACCGCAGCAUCAUCGUCUCUGUUAUCUGUAAGACGUUGUAGGUAGUUACAGUUGGUAGAGUAAGACAAACAUUUUUUUUCGUUAAAUGACAGUAUUCACACGAUCCCUGCGAUCUUUGCACGCGCUUUAGGAUUGAUGGGAUAACUCAAGGCAAUUUCAUGUGUCACGUUGUAUUCCAAAGCGUAAACAAAAAAAAAACUUGCCAAUAUGAGUAAUCGCUGUCGAGUUUCUUUAUUUUCUCAAACGGAACGACGAUUUAAAGUGAUGCAAAAUGUACGGUUUGAGUUUCUACAAGUUUUACGCUCACAGCAACCAUGAAAAGUAAAAAUAAUCACUUCCAUCCAUACCACAGGCAGCCCAAACUCUGUGGGAGUUCGUUGGACUUUGAAUUUAUAAGGGAAUGUUUGAAAAUAAACAAAAUACGUCCUAAAUUCCAAUUUUGGACAAAAAUAGAAAUAAAAAUGACUUACCUUGUGUUUGUGUUUUACUGUCUCUUCGCCUCUAGAGCCAUUUGGAAGCCGUUUUAUCGACGUUUAAGAUUUUGAGUUGUACUAACGGUAAAAAAACUGGAAAGGCUGGGGACUCUGAAGCCGACCGUUCCAGCUCGAAGCUCCAUAAAUCCCAUAAAAAUGGUCACCGUGCUACUCGCGAUGACAUUCGCGAUGCACUGUGCCCGCCCCUGGACCGAGGCAAAUUAUGGCUGUGACGUAAGCUUUGAGCGAACGUUAAUUACGUCACGUCCAAGAGCCCGGUCAUACGCAUCCCGAGAAAGAAAACUCUGAUGGAAAAAGUUUAAAAUUAAGCGCUUCGUUAGCAGUUGUGAUGAAAUCUGAACUCCAGAAGCAUAGAAGGGAAAGACAAAUUAUCGACAGAUCCUUUGACGGCAAUUUUGGCGAGUUUGGACCAUUUUUAUGGGAUUUAUGGAGCUUCGAGUUGGAACGGUCGGCUUCAGAGUCCCCAUGCAGCCUUCCCAUUUUUCUUGCUGUUAGUACAACUCAAAAUCUUCAACGUCGAUUAAACGGCUCUAGAGGCAAAGAGACGGUAAGUGACAAAACACAAACACAAGGUAAGUCAUUUUUAUUUCUAUUUUUGUCCAAAAUUGGAAAUUAGGACGUAUUUUGUUUAUUUUCAUACAUUUUUCUCUUAUAAAUUCAAAGUCCAACGAACUCCCACAGAGUUUGGGCUGCCCGUGUCCAUACCUUUCCAUUUUUGUCUUUAACAUAAGAAGCCGUUCAUUUUCUGUUGUCUAGAAUAAACAUGACCGCGAAUUCUUGCAUUGGCAUUCAGAUUUUAUCACAUUGCUCUUUUUCCAUCAUUCCUGGGGAAAGAUGGCGGGUAUCGUAAAUAAUCAAUCAAUGGUUGAGAAAGCACCAAGCGAAGCUAGCCGGGCGAGAACAUGCAAUCGACCAGCGACGCGAAGAGAAGCCCAUGUCACUUAGAAUCAAGUCGCUGAUUUAUAGAAAAAAAGGAUAUUAGAUACAAGCCUAUUCAGAUAACAUUUAAAUUCAAAGCAGCUAACUAGAGAAAGAAAACUGUCAUUCUCAUUAUCAGAUCCGCAAUCCUUUGACGACGCUAUGGUCAGGAUCAAUCCGGGGCGCCGCCAAAAGGAUUGCGUAUCAGCGAAAGUGAAUCACGGUAAAAUUAUUAGAGAAGCCGAUAAGGGAACGGCUUGUGUCGCUGACAGUCAGGUCUUUUGAUGUUAAACCGUUGGUACUUAUUUAUUACUUCUUCACAACAGGCCCACCAGCACUACCUGAACUAAAGGAAUUUCCUCCUGAUAUGGGAACAAAUGGAAAUGUUACUUUGAGUUGCAAAGCUUACCAUCUGGAUUCCCAAAAGACAGCUUCUUACCAAUGGAAGUGGAUAUUCAACGAUAGCGUCGAAAUCAGAAAGGAAGCCUUUGGCGGCGGAAAGUAUGGCAUAUUCAGCGAGUACUCAUCUCCUAAUUCUUGUCGACAAACCAAAGGUUCUGUCGCUCUCCAGAUAGCAAGGGUUAACACGCACGACCUUGGACAAUACAAGUGUAAACUACUUGAUCCUGAUUCAGUGAUAGCUGUAAAAGACAUCCCAUUACUGGAAGAUGGUAGGUUUUUCAGUGUUGUUUCUAACAGUCUGUAUUUUACCUUCUUUGUAAAGUGAUGAGUAACAAUUUAUAUCUCGCUCAACACUCUCAUAGUCUAAGAAGUGGAGAUUCACUUUAGACAGAACACUUAGAAAAGUAAUUCACGUCAGCCAAGACCUUGGUAUUGCUGGACUGAAACAUGUCCAGAUUGGUUACGCGUGGGUAUACAUAGAGGGAUCAGAAGCUUAAAUGGAAACAAGUUGCUUUUGACUUCUUUGCAUUAAAGUCGAAAACUGUACUUUACUACGUUUUUAAAGCCAAUUUCGCGGGAUAGAUUCUGGUUUUUUUUUCGGAGUCAGGAGGAGCACGCAAUCCUAAUCCUCAGGUUUCAAAAGUUUAGACCCAAGUCAAAUUUAGAAGGAUUUGCAUGGAGUCAUCAGAGCAUAACUGGGCUUCAGAGACAAUUUGCCCCACAGUGCUAGUUUUUGGCAAGUAGGCCUCUUGAAUGUUGUUAUCUAGAAUAUCCUGGAAAAUCCCAUAAUUUCACAAAUUUAAUUUUCUUAUGACGCCACACUUGAGAACUCUAUUGAAUUACGCGCUUCACGUAUGUAGCCAGCAUUUGUUUGAAAAUCCACUAAGAGUGAAUGGAACGCAUAGCUAGAAUACAAUCUGAUCGCGCCCAUUUGACCAUAUGUCACGUAAAACUAAAUAACGCAAAGCAGUCAGCGUUACGCUAGCCUGUGUGGCAGGCGUUUGAAAGGGAAGGGAAAGGAGGUUUGGGGGGCGAGGGAAACGCGAGGGGCGCGCGAGGAGGGAGGGAGGAAGGAAAACGCCUGCCAGGAAACCAUUGUUUUAGCCAUCCCGCCUACUAAUUAUGUAUGCAAAAAUAACGCAACUGUGAAUGACUAGCUGUCAAAUAAGUCUGGCCGCGAUGCGCUUAUUUAGUCGCAUUUCGCGUACUGUUUUUCUUUUGUUUUCCCAAAACAAGAAAUCUGAAGUGAAUGUACUAUUAAAAAAAGUAUAAAUGCGGUCGUCCGUUGAAGGAAGAAAGUCGCAACCAUACGUGGCUUGUUAUAUAAAUCCAGCAUAAAUCUAUUACUUUUUUGCUGAAGGUAUCGUGUUGGACUUCCCAACUCGCAUGCAAUGUUUGUCGAAGAAAUUAAUUACAAACACUUUGCCGACUCUGGAACUGGAUCCAGCGGAGCAUACAAAAGAACGCUGGUAGCAGGGAAAGAAGAGCUGAACUUCAAAGAUCUACAAUAAGGCUAAUUCUGCAAUCAAUAUUAUUAUUAAAGUAAGUUCCUGGCGGCUUUAUAACGUCUAUAACCAGCAAGAAGUCCUCAAAUCAAAAAUCGCUAAGGAUUAUAGAUCGCUUCGUCUUCAACAAUCUGGUCGUUGAUAAAGCUUGCGUGGUAGGCGUUUGAGGUCAAACAGCAGAUAACAAGCACACAGGCAGCAUGAUUUUUCCUUUCUUUCUUCUAGUGAAUAAAACAAGCCGUUGGGAGAUCAGACAAGACUUCUCAAAACCAGUCAGCACAACUCAUCUAGCUGACAGGUCUUUUCCUUCAUACGAGUUUUUUAACUGCUUUCUUCUAUUCUCCUUUCAAGCUGAAAUAGAUGCCUUCAGUUUCUAAUCGUUCUAAAACGAUGAAUUCCAUACAGAAAUCUCAUCACGCCUCACUAACAACAUAUUUUUAAAUGAUUACUGAAAGAUUACUCAGUAGCGUGAUGUUGAUUUCAGCCAAUCGGAUUAAGGUAUUAAGGCUGUGAUUGACAUGUUUUGAAGACGGACCAAUCAGGAUUUUAACAUUUGCCUGGUGGAUGUUAAAAACGAGAAAAACGAUGGUCUCCUGGCAGGCGUUUCCCUCCCUCCCUCCUCGCGCGCCCCUCGCGUUUCUCUCGCACCUAAAACUCCCUUUCCCUUCCCUUUCAAACGCCUGCCACGCAAGCUAGCGUUACGCAAGAGCAUUUUGACCAUCGGUUGACCUCGCCCGCACUCCCUAACCUUUUUUACUAGUUUGCUAUCUUCAAUAUUUUUUAGUGAACUCUAAGGUCCCAUCCCGUCCUGAGAUUGAGACUUUGUUAACCAUCAAUUGUGGUCGUAAUAUUAAAGUGCAGUGGAAAGAGCCAUCUUCAGAAUAUGAAGUCACUGGGUAUCAGAUGAUAUUAUUAAAGCUCGCGGAUGAUUAUAAGCAAGAAUUCAACCUAUCAAAGAAUGUUCGUAAUAAAGAAUUGGCUGUACAAAGUAAUACUGCUUAUGAAUUACAAAUCAGGGCGGAGAACAGUAUGGGAUUUAGCCUUUGGACAAGAGGACAAUGGACAACAACGGCAGGUAAUUAUGGCAAUGAGGGCUCGUGAUCGUCUUACGUUGGAAAUCCUCAGAGAAAGGAACCAUGUAUUUUCUGUAAUACGAUUUGUUAGAGCGAUUUUCGUACGACCAUGAAAAAUGGUUUCGGUAAGUGAUCGUUAUUUCUUUUAUCAGCCAAUGGAUGAAUAAGAUCAAAACAUGGACUCUUUGUUUUCCCGCCAAAGAAAUCCCUAAUAUGGAGAAGCCAUUGUUCGAUUGGCCAAUUGUGUUGCAGUAUGACGUCAAAGCGAAUAUCGAUUGGUUUCUAGAAAGAUCUUCGGGCAUGACGUUUUUUCAGCCGAGCGUUCGCUUAAACAAUCAAAAGCCACGCGCGUUUGUAUCAGUUCCCUGACAAACCAAUCAAAUCGAUCUAUUUCCGUUUGUUUGUUGUUUCUGUUUUGUUCGCGCGCUUUUAUUUCAAGGUCAUACGAAAAACGCUCUAAUCACGAAUAUAAUUACAAACCAAAUGAUUAACGUACAUGUAGGUAAAGUAUCGACACAUGUUAUGUAACUUCCUCUUCCCUCUUUAGGUUUUACUUAACAAAUUGAGUUGUAAAUACCGUAAAUCCUCUAUAAACUCUCCUUUUUUAUAGGAGAAGAAAGUUUUUAAGCUACACCGUUCGUUUAUUCCCCCUUUUAUUCCUCCCUUAUUCUUCCACAUUAAUAAAUGAUAGAGUGAAUUAAUUAACAACAACUUUAUCACAUUAACUGAUCCGGUAUAGUUUAUUCCAAGCUUGACACUCGGAUUUGAAUUUGAUACUCGACUGGGUGGCCAUGGUAUCCAUAUUAUCAUUAGAAAAUACAGUAUAGUGCCUCGACUCGCUGAAUUAAACAAGUCCCCUUCUCUCUACUAACUCCCCCCUUGGAUGAGCUCCCGGAAAGGGGAAAUUAAAAGAGGAUUAAUGGCAUGGUAUGCAAUGUUCCUUUUUUUUCUUUUUGCUUUUCAGAUGUACCGGAAAUGAUGAUAUUUUCAGCCAAACCGGAAGGCUGUUUUGCAGCUCUUUCAUGGAGAAAUCCCACAGAAACCAGCUGCCCGAUAACCAGAUAUACAGUUCAUUUUAGGGAAACAGAAACCAUAUCAAAUGAGAAUACAAAAUGGCACACAAAGAAUUUGGGAAAGCAGGACAAAACGGAGUAUCGGCUUCAGCUGAACUGCAGCAGGACUUAUGAAGUUAUGGCCAUUGCAUGGAAUGAACGCGGAAGUAGUAUCCCCGAUGCGAACAUAGUGACUGUGCGCACAGAAACCGGUACUGGGAUUUUCUCUCGUAUACAUUCUAUCUUAAAAUACUCCCAAGUUAACCCUUUUGUGCUUUAUUUAGCCUGUGUGGCAGGCAUUAAAAGAGAAAGGGGAAAAGGAUUUCAGGGCUACCAGGAGAAAAGGCUCACGUAGAAUUCUCUCUUCCUCUUCUAGUUUUAACUCCUGCAAUGUAGGCUUUUCUCUUUUCUUACAUUAAGGUUAGCAGUUGGUUCAUAACUAAGCGUGCGUAUGGCGAGAUAUAAAACACGCGGGAAGUUUGGAGAACACGAAUCGAAAAAGUGCGUGAGAGUUGCUCAAGACGUAGUCGUCGAGAGCAACUCUAGCCUCUUGAAGUUCGAAAAUUGUGCCAAAGCUGGACUGUUAUAUCAUUGUGGAUUUUAUUUAAUAAAAUGUUGCAUAAAGCCCAUGAGAAAAGUACUUUAUUUACUAAUGUUAUUAUUAUUUUAUUUUAUGCUAUUUUAUUUUUAAAAUUGUUUUGAUUUAAUUUUUCUAAAGGAGUACCACUCCAGCCGAAAUGGAUUAAAGUCAUUGAAAAACAAUGUGGAAAGUUCGAAGUCACAUGGAGUCCUGACACCUUGGACUCUGGAGGAGGACCACCGAGUGCUUUCCAGGUUCAGAUCAGCGAUCAAACUGGGCAAUGGGUUAACUGUACGAAUUUCCUACCAAAUAACAGCUGUUUGUUCAAAGAUUUGCAAAGCGAAACUGAGUACGAUAUUCAGGUCCGAGCUAUAAACCAAAAGGGACCAGGCGAAUGGACAGUGGACACAAAAAAGACGGGAUUUAUAGGCAAGUGGACUCAUUUAAGAAAGCCUAAAUGCGGAGCUCCAGUUAAAUAUAGCUAACCGUGUACUUGGGGAAUGUGCUUGAUAACGAUUUAAAAAGAUGUGAACAUUACUUCUCUCCUUGUGGCGAGCGCGGUCUUCGCUUUCAACUUAGUAACUGUUCAUUGUUCAACCACUACUACUUACCACGAUGAAUGUUAUUUACCAUUUUUUUAUAUCCUUGUGAUAAAUUUCGAACGUCAAUUCUGAGUUCCUUUCAUUAAGAAUUACUUGCACCUUUCUGGUACCAUUACUAAACUUGAAGACCCAAUCCUGCUACUUGUUUUCCAAUCAUCCCUCAAUUCUAUCAAUCUCUUCCGACUUGUAUUUUCUUCUUCUUUUCGUCUCCUUUUUCUUCUUCUUCUUUUUUUAAAUUUGUGUUUGUUUCCAUUUUUCGUUGUAAUUUUGUUAGUCUUAUUUUUUUAACGGUCUUUCCAUCUACAAAUUUUUUUCUUCUUUCAUUUGAUAUUUAUGUCCCUAAUCACCAGACCGUAUGAUGCAUUGAUUUUAGGUCCCCCUGAUCCUCCACAAAUACUGCAUAAUAAAACGCAAAUUUCUGGCGUAAAUAUUACCCUGCAUUGGACGAGCCCUUCGCAACGCAACUGCAGCAUAACAAUGUACUCGUUACACCACAAAGUAGUAAAGCCAACCUCUGGGAAAGAAGCAGAAAUGAAUAUUACCAACACUAGUAUAAACCGUGACGAACUACGUCUUGAGCAUAGCAAGGAGUAUGAAGUAACUGUCUUUGCUUGGAAUGAUCUUGGACGCAGUGAGGCAAGCAGAGCGUGGAAAAUCAGAACAGCACAAUGUAAAUACAAGUAGCGUAUAUACUUUGUUAUAAAUGUUUUUUUUAAAAUAACAUCUAUACUGAUGUGAAGUAUAUGAAAUAAUUCAUUUUUUGAACUGCGGUUGUAGAUGAGAGUGAAGAAUGAUUAUCGCAGUAAAUUUUCCAAUUUAAGCAAUUGGAAAGAAGAAGCCUGAAAAAAAAAAACCAGGGCUUCAACAGGAUUCGAACCCGUGACCUCCGCGUUGCCGGUGCGUUGCUCUACCAACUGAGCUAUGAAGCCACACAUUGGGAGCGAGGUCAAUUUAUUGAGUUCAUGUCUCCCGUGAGGAGUGAAAUGAUGUGAAGUAUAUGAAAUAAUUCAUUUUUUGAACUGCGGUUGUAGAUGAGAGUGAAGAAUGAUCAUCGCAGUAAAUUUUCCAAUUUAAGCAAUUGGAAAGAAGAAGCCUGAAAAAAACCAGGGCUACAACAGGAUUCGAACUCGUGACCUCCGCGUUGCCGGUGCGUUGCUCUACCAACUGAGCUAUGAAGCCACACAUUGGGAGCGAGGUCAAUUAAUUGAGUUCAUGUCUCCCGUGAGGAGUGAAAUGAUGUGAUGUGGCUUCAUAGCUCAGUUGGUAGAGCAACGCACCGGCAACGCGGAGGUCACGGGUUCGAAUCCUGUUGAAGCCCUGAUUUUUUUCAGGCUUCUUCUGUCCAAUUGCUUAAAUUGGAAAAUUUUCUGCGAUGAUCAUUCUUCACUCUCAUCUACAACCGCAGUUCAAAAAAUGAAUUAUUUCAUAUACUUCACAUCAUUUCACUCCUCACGGGAGACAUGAACUCAAUAAAUUGACCUCGCUCCCAAUGUGUGGCUUCAUAGCUCAGUUGGUAGAGCAAAGCACCGGCAACGCGAAGGUCACGAGUUCGAAUCCUGUUGAAGCCCUGGUUUUUUUUUUUUCAGGCUUCUUCUUUCCAAUUGCUUAAAUUGGAAAAUUUACUGCGAUGAUCAUUCUUCACUCUCAACAUCUAUACUAUUAUAAUAUACACAUUUUUACUUGUUUAUAUAUAAAUCUCAUCCAGCCAUACGUUUUAUAGAUUAAUUCAAAAGUGCCACAAUAUUUCUUAUAUUUAAUUAAGAGUACCGCUAUGAGUGUCUCCUUGUUUGAUUUCUUGUGACUUCCAUUCAACUUACUGGUAAAAUAUCCUGGGAAAGAUGCCUGUUACUUAAACUAUGCAUACGGAAGUUGCAUGUUUCGUAUAUUAUAUAUAUUUCAAAUUUCAUGUCGAGAUCAUUCAGAUCGUUAGUGUUUUGUACCAUACGUGAACUACAUGUUUCGCUAUUUUUUUCUUAAUUUUAUAGAUGUUCCAUAUCAACCCGUCUUGCAUUCAAACUUUACUGGAGGUUGCAGCUUUAUCAACGUGACCUGGAGCCCACCAGCGCUUACUGCAAAGGGGGGAUCGGUGACGGGAUAUCUGGCAGAGAUAUAUACUGCCAUCGCCUGGGAUUGGAUAAACAGCAUUGUAUUAAACAAUUCGAAAACAACGUCCUGUUCAUUUACACAGCUGGAGCCAAACAGCAAAUACCGUAUAAGAGUGAAGGCAAAGAAUAAAGUAGGCUUUGGUUGGCCGACUGAGACUUUGGAAGCAAAUACUUUCCAAACAGGUAAUUUAUCACAUUUGUUACCAGUCGUACUUUGAAUUCAGAGAACUUUCAGACUCUGUAACUGAUACUAAAAGGAGCUUAAAUGAAUUAUAUUUGAGUCACGUUGUAAAGAUUCUGAUACCUUUUGGGAUUGUUUUCGCUCAGAACCCCACCCGUCAUUUUUGUGGUAAUUUUAUUUUCGUCGAGCUUUGUGGAGAGGUCGUCAGGUCAACUUGGAUGGGACCACUUGGAGCGGUUAAACUUAGAGUUACGAAAUUUGAAAUUAGUAAAAUUAUUGGAAUUUGAGGUUGAAGCAUUUUUUAUGAGCAACUGUAAUAAAACAUUUAUUGCUUUUGGUAAUAUGCAUGUGCUCUUCAAUAUGUUACCCUGUGAUACUCCAUUAGAAUUAAUUCGUAAUUUUUGAGUAGCUCAGAUGGAAAAUACCGCUUAUAGGAAAUAUUUCUAUGUUCUGCUUUCAUUAUCAUCAUAUGUUUUUAGGCACUCGUAACAAGCCCGAGAUAAGUGUAAUUUCUUCAAAUGAUGGAAUAUCGUGUGGUGUAAUUAUAAAAUGGUCUCACGAUGCAUCUUCAAGUGGCUGCAUGACGUUAUUUUACACAAUUCGCUACAAACAGCAAACACCGUACGAAGGCAAUGAGUGGACCGACGUAAAUGUUUCAGCUUCAAAUGUCAAUCAGCUGAAGCUGGACAUGAAUUGUUCAACUGAGUACGCAUUCCAGGUCGUGGCGUGGAACGUGGUUGGAGAGAGCCCAUCCAGUGUUGUGCAGUAUACCACAAAAGAGCUGACAACACAGAAAGGAGGUAUGGGCUUUGAUGUAGGAGAAAGGGCAGUGGUUGCAACCCCUUCCCAUUAGGAUUUACUGUGAUAAAAUAAUUUAAAAAGAAGGAUUUUAGAUGGAAUUGAAGGAUAAGCGAAGUAGUUGGUCAAUGCGCGGCCUUCUGUGCGGAAGGUUCCGAUUUGAUUCCCUGGUGUGACCACAAAUCCUUCUUUCGACUUCUUUCCUUGCCAUUUACAUACGCAUCAAACGGAGCACUGAAAGAGAGAGGGGAGGCUGAAAUGAGCCACUAUGGGCUUCAGGUUGUUCGUCAGAUGACUAUUAGGUUCGAGCUACCGAUGUAAAAUAAGGACUCUUUUCCUAAUUAAUUAAUCAAUUAAUAGGGAGUCUGUGACCAAGUCUUAAAAAAUGAUGUGACGUGAUACAAGCUUGUGCGAACCGUGUAGCAAUUCAAUUGAUCCUACUCCUUUUGCUCCCUUUCCGUUAUGGUGAAAUCUUCAGAUAUUUGCCCCAAAAAGUGGAAAGACAACCCGCUUUUUAAAGGCCUUAAAUUCAUGUGACAUAUAUAGAGGAUAUUACAAGGUGGCGAGAAGAUAUGAAUUUUAUGUUCGAGUGGCAAGAACAAUAUCUCACGAGUGAGCGAAGCGAACAAGUGAGAUAUUGUUCUUGCCACGAGAACAUAAAAUUCAUAUCUUUGAGCUAACGUGUAAUGUUCUUUUUAUUAUAUGGAGAAACCAAUUCAACAAAAGCAAAAGGCGGGAAUCGUGACGUCAUUGAACGAUACGACACUCACAAAGGUGACAUACGGAAAAUACGCCACUCGGGUCCCGGAUGAAGUGGCGUAUGGAAUCUACGAGUGGUUUAGUUCCCAGUAAAACACUCUCCUCCAUAUAAUAAUGAGUCAUAUCUCAUAACGAGACCAACCAAAUUUUAUCCUGAACUUAGGCGGUAUAGUAAGUGGAGCCUAAAGCAAACUGCAUUUCUUGAGGACUUAACAGAAUUAAUAUUGUUGUAUAAGGGAUGUUUUUCAGACAAAUUAUAAAUGCAUCUAAGAUGAGGUUCCAACUACGGCCCACAUUUUUUCUUUCUUUGCCUUACAGAUCUUUCCCUUGUAAAUAUAUUAAUCUUUAUCUUCGUCGGCUUGCUCCUGAUCUUGGUAGUUGUACUACUGGUUGUUUGCAACAGGUAUUACAAAAGGAAAAGAAACCGGUCUCUAAAGAGGUAUGUCUGCAAAUAUAUAUUUUUUUUGCUUCCGGGUGUUUUUGAGACCAGAGGGAUAUAAAAUUUUUUAGAUGUAAGGUAUGCAAGGUAAGAUACAAAAGUUGCUUAUAAUUAUUGAUUUUAUGAUGUCAUCGCUUGACUAAUGGUUUAAAAAAGGUACGGUGAAAAGGGCAGAAAAUGUGCAAAACGAGUUGAACAGCGAUGUUGUGCGUUUUACCUUCCGUGAAUCAAACUUGUCUUGGAACAAAUAAGAUUGUUUCAGGUUGCGAAAAGUUGUUGGAUUCAAGAAAGUAGAGAGUACUUCUACUUUUUGGCAGCAAAAUUUGUACAUGUUACGCGCUUUACUGGUCCAAGAAAAGUUUGCGAAAGGUGACGUAAUUCCCGUGUAUGGCGUAACUUUCCGACUGUGAUUUGAUGCAAGACAGCUGAAUGAUAUCUUUAGCAGAAAGAAGCUUGGGAAUAGCCGUUAUUAUUAUUUCCUUUCAGAACCGCAAAAGAUAUCCAAGUAUUAGACUACCGCGAAAUUCCUCCUAUAAGAACAGAAUAUAUUGACGUUUUGGGCCAGGGAGCAUUUGGCAAGGUUCACAGAGCAAAACUAAAGGACGGAUUAGAGUACUUUUUAAUCGGGCGACGCUGGGAGAAUAUUACUGCUAGGCGGCAAAAGAUUGUUGCGGUUAAAGAACUGCAUGGUAAGUGUGAACAGUUUUUACAUUUUGUUGAUAGUCUCUGGAAGGGAAAUUGGUUUCUUAAGGUAAACUAAGUAGCAUAAGAAAUCUAAGUAGAGUUUUAGUCACAGAGUAAAAACGGGAUCAUUGAAUUUAGUCAAAUACAAAUUUGUUAUCCCCUAUUGAUAUCUUCAGACAAACGAAAUCACCAAAAGUCCGGUCGUUCGAGUUGCCUUGAAUAAAUAAACUCCUUUCGUUCAAAAUGGCCGCUGGUUGCAGGGUGCAUUUGGCUCUGCUGGGCAAGGGGAUGAUGUGGGCACUUACUUCAGUAGGGAGUUCUCGACGGAAAGGUUAAAAUGACCUGAAAAGGUCAAAUGCAGUUGAAAACGUUAAAAGUAUGCAACCCUUACGCUGAGAACACGUCGGCGCAUUUCAUCAACGUUGUUUGCCCAAACCAAAGAUCAAUGCCAAUUGUUAUCCCCCUUGUUUAAAUUGGGUGCGCUCCCUUUAAGUUUUUAAACCCCAUAAAAGAUAAACUACGUGUGUUGUAAUAGUCUUUAGGAAAAACGUGAUGUAGCUGUUAAUAAUAUUUUUUUCAAUGCUUAUAUUCGUGACUGAUUAAACUAUAAUUUUUUCCCUAGAGAACGCAAACGAAGAGCAGAGAAGGGAAUUUAUGAACGAAAUUAAGCUCAUGAAGGAGAUCGGCAAGCAUCAGAAUGUUUUGAGUUUUCUUGGCUGUUGGACCGCAUCUGAACCUCUCUUAUUGAUUAUCGAAUAUAUUGCGCAUGGAGACUUGCUUCAUUGGCUUCGACGUAAGAGAAGUCAGGUAUCACUGAGAAGCAAUUCAAUCUAUGAUACUUGGAAAGAACUCAAAGCUGGCAUAGUCAACAUUGUUCUCAUCGCUUGUGCUAUUUUUUGCGAGAUCCUUCAGUUUGGUGACCCCUUUUGCCACAGUUACCAGAUAAGACCUUUCAGAAACCACUAUCAAAUAAAGCAAGGGCAGUUUUUUUCAGUUUUUCUAUUUGUUUUAUGUGCAUCUUAUAUGUGAUUUGUAAUGGUCAUUAAAAGCUAUGAGGGCGUCCAUAUCAGUGCCCAGGUAUCUAGCGGUCAGUUCAAAGCAUUUGACUGACGUUUACAUUGCCCUUCAGACCAAGUUACAAAACAAGAAAGGUCUUUAAUACCACCGUGGAGUAUGUGUUUAAUCGUAUUUGCAAGUCAAACUACUUUUAGACCCUAAAAAAAACGAUUUUGCAAGCAUUUGAAAGCCCAGAGCGAAUCAGAUGAACAGCAUUUUUAUCUAGUGGCGAUUUGAAGAAUGAUCUUUAAAACACCAUUUUGUUUUUGCCCAAAAUAAAAAAAAAUUGUACUUUCUUGCUUUAUUUUAUUUUAUAUUACUUUUAGAUAACCGGUUCUAAUUUGAGAGCCCCGGAGGCAAGUGUAAAAGUCAAGGUGUUGAGUGUUGGAACAGCCUUACAAAAUGCGACAACUGAGCAGGUGUGUAACAGCGUCACCGACAAGGGAAGGGCGAUAGAGGCUACUUGAGAUUAGGCCAUUUGCACGAUGGUGUUAGUUUCCCUUGAUAUCUUAGUUUGGUAAUCCUAGCGGAGUUAAGAUAAGAAAAGACCAAAACUUCCCCAAGAAAGGAAGACUCUCAAGGAUUUUAGUAGUAGUGGUAGUGGUUGCAGUGGUGUGUGGUGAUGAAGGUUGUGGUAGAGGUGUUGGUGGUGGGUGUUGUGGAAGGAGGUGGUGGUGUUGGGUGUUGUUGCUGGUGGUGGUUGGUGAUGAAGGUUGUGGUUGUGGCGUUGAGUGUUGGGUGUUGGUGGUGGGUCGUGGUGAAGCUGGUAGAGGUGGUGUUAAGUGUUGGUGGUAAUGGUGGUAGGCGGUUGUGAAGGCUGUGGUAGUGGUGUUGGGUGUCGGUGGAGGAUCGUGGUGAAGGUGGUGGUGGUGGUGUUGGGUGUUGGUAAUAGUAUUGGUGGUGGUGGUAGUGUUGGGUAGUGGUAGUGAUAGUGGUAUUAGUAGAUUACAUUAGCUCUGACUUUCUUAUUUUUUGUAUUACUAGUAUUAUGUCGGCUUUUGAAUCAUUCUAUGUUCACUUUUAGUUAUCAAAUCAUCUACUUAAAUUGCAUUUUACAUUUUACUCCCCCACUGACACACACCACAGUUUCUUGAAACUAAACCAUGAUAUACUACGAGGUGGUCAACUGUUGAGGUGACAACUUCAUCAGUAGCACAAAAUUAGUUAUGCUCUAUCUAAUGUCAAGAUAAACACUCUCCAAUAGUUUAAAAAUAGACUGGUUGAUUGAUAGGAUGGAAUAAUAAUGGAAAGCAAUGGAGAGGUCUUUGAAGGAAACGCCGAUCUUUCGAAUUCCUUUGAAACAACGAACCAAAGACAGGUGGAUUUUGAUGGUGAAGACAAAAGUGACAUUCCCAUGGUAGUUUUUUCGCCACCGAAACAAGAGGAAGAACCUGCUAAAGACACAACUCUCAGUGACUGCGAAGAUGAUUGUGAGUCGUUUUUCCCAACAGAUCCAAUGUCUUUUGCUUGGCAGAUAGCACGUGGCAUGGUAUGGUAUUCAAAGUUUUCUAUGUCUAUCAAUAGAAUUAAUUAUUCUAUCACGUGGCUUCUGAAGCCUGAAACCCAAAUAAACUGAUCCUGGUUCUCAACCUAUCUCACUUGUAGAAUCCCAGUACUCCAGUUUAAGUUUUCCGCUAACUCCAGCAUUUCAAGUGGCAGAUAUAUCUUUUUAGAUCACAUUUUUUCUCAUAAGUGUCCUCUAUGCAGCAACCUUCUGUCUAAAAAAGGACCCUGACGUUGCAAAUCUUCAAGCUAUUGUUUUCAUUUCACCAGAAUUACCUCUCUGAAAAGAGCCUCAUUCACAGAGACUUGGCAGCAAGAAAUAUUCUGGUUGGACAUGGUAAAAAGCUGAAGAUUGCGGACUUUGGUUUGAUGCGCGAAAUGUAUCAUGAAGUGUACGAAGUAAAGAAACAAAAGAAACUGCCAAUUAAAUGGAUGGCGCCGGAGUCAAUCUAUGAACAGAUCUUUUCUUCCCAGAGCGAUGUGUACGUAUUUCGUUUUUUCAAAUUUAAUAACACUUCUUGUAUUUAUACCGAAUAGUCUUAAGGUUUUGAUCACAAUAUUCGAAGGUUCUUUCAGUUAUAGGCUUACACUUCAUCAAUAGAAAUUCCUGUUUGGGGUCUUGCCAUGAUCUAAACUCCCACCCCCUCCCCAUAGCAUGUUUUUGGUUACUCCAUAACUCAAUUUUUUUCAACACUAUUCCACAAUUAAAAGUACUUACUCAUUUAUUUAUUUACUCUCUUUGAUUUUCUACGUAUAGCUGGUCUUAUGGAGUAGUCUUGUGGGAAAUUGGAACCCUUGGUAAGCAUUAGAAUAUUCAGUUGUUUUUCGAUAAAAUAGCAUUACUUGUAAACUGUUCGUCUGAAAUACAAUAUAAAUCAUUUUCCAGCCUACUGGUCAGUUAAACACUCUAUUUCCAAAAUGCCAUGCACUCUGAUACGUGAGUUAUUUACUAAGCGUGAGGUCUUGAUGGCCCGGCGUUUUUCAGUCAUCAACCAUUUUGACAGAGCGAUAAAGGUCAAUAAAGGACAAAUUAAACCGGAAAAUCCUAAGCAAGAAAUUUUAUAUUAUUAUUCCACCCCACCCCACUGAAAAGGCAUAUAUAUUCUCUUAGCUCAGUUGGGAGAGCCGGAUCAACAUUCCAUACCAUUCUGUUCCAUGUUAUAUAAAAUAUCUAAGAUAGUAGGCGCGCUAUGAUUGGCCUAAAGGCCUGUUUGCAUGAGAGUGUGUAAACGUGGUUGUGUAAAGCUGACAUUUUGGGCGAGAAAAGUCCGUAUUUUGGAAAGCAUCUUUUUUGCAAAACAAGAACUGAUUACGCGUUCAAGACUUCGUGUACAAGAUUUGGCGACUGGUAAGAAUUUCUCUAUUAACCAUAAUUAUAACAAAUUUGUCAAAUCUGAUUGGCUAUCUUAGCCUUAAUUGGACAGUUUAAUAGAGCAGUACGCGUCAUGCCUAAGUAAUUGGACAGUACUCGCCAUCUCGCGCCUGCGUAAAUAGCUUUUUUUUCGCCGCUAGCAAACAAAAUUUGGAAUUUCUUGGGUUUUGAUUUUGAAAAAUAGCCUAUUGUAUCACAAAUUUUGUUAAGGUUAUGAUUAAUUGGUAACAGACCUUCGUGUCGUUCAACCCGCUCUGUAAUCAUACUCAUGAUUAAACAAAUCGGACUCCCGCUACGCGGUCGUCCGAUUUUGUUAAUAGGAAGCUUAAGCAACCACGACGACGUCAAAAAAACAAUAGGUUAAUGAUCAAAACAACAGCUCUGCACGUGCAUUACGCUUUUAGUACAUUUCUUUGACGUCCACUGCACGACUACGACGUGAAACCUCCUAAUUUGACGUUUUAUGGAGGAUGUGGACAUAAGACGACGAAUUUUCCUUCCUCUUUUUGAACUUGAAGAACUGAAAUCCGUAAGAAUUCAACUCCAGGAAAAGUUGCCUGCAUUUGACAUAUUGAGCGGGUCCGAAUAGACGCAAUUGAGUUUGAAAGAACGCAAAUUCUUUUUUUAGCGACGUUUUCACUGCCGUCGUUGUCGUCGUUAAUCACUCGUAUGAUUACAGACCGAAUUGUAUUCCACUCAGUCCUGUUACCAUCACAAAUCAGUGCCAGUGAGUUUUGCGUUUUUUCUUGAGUAAGUUAAUUUAUAAAAGCAAUAGAAAGCUUUUUCCCUGUAUUUGCAUAGCGUGAUAUAAACACUCGAGGAGUUGGGAGAAUUCUCCCAACCCCUCUCGUGUUUAUAUCAGGUUGUGCAAACACGGAAAACGUUUUCUAUUGCUUAAACAUUAUAUUCUUCAAGAACUCAUGCUUUUUACUCAUGCAAUAAACCAAAUACAUUUUUUGCAGGUGGGUCACCGUAUCCACUUUUAAACAACGCUGAUUUUGUUGCACUCCUUAGAACAGGAUAUCGCAUGGAAAAACCCGACUUGUGCUCAGAUGAUUUGUAAGAGAUUAACUACAUUAGGACUUGUGGAUAAUUCUUAACAUAUAUGUUGAAUAUAUAUAGUUGGAGCGAGCAAACAUUUUCAAUCCAUUAAUACGCAGGAAUAAGUGGUUUGCAUAAGUCUUUCCUCAUCCUGCAUAGUCAACUAAGGAGUACCAGCAACACCUAGCAACACGAAUAUUAAGGAACAAAGCAGAAGAGCGAAAAAAAGCUUUUAAGUUAGUUGUUUAGAUCACGCCUGCUGAUAAAUACCAUAAAGACGUAAUUUUGGUUCACAUCCAAACUGAUAAUCCUUUAAAGCUUGAGAAAAACUGAUAGAUAGAACUAAUUCAAAGGGUAUUAAGGCGGCCCCAACUCAAUGCAGCUCCAUGCAAACUCCUGUGAUCUCCGUCAAGCAAAUAACUGUUGCAGAGGCUGUAUGAUCAGUACUCAAGCAAUGCUGCUUGAAGUCAAUGUGCACUUCUCAAACUCAUUAAUAAUUCAUUAAGAAAAUACAAAGGAAAUUAAUGUUUAAUGAGUGUUUGGAAAUCGGAUGAAACACUGCUUAGUAUUUGCAUCCUUAAUUUCUCCUUCAAAAAUGAUUUUGUUUGAGAAGAAAUAUCAAACAUUCGACACAGUGUUUCAUCACCAGAUGAAACACCUCGAAGUUCGUCAAAAAUACUCCGCUGCGCGUCGUAUUUUCAACUCUCUUCUCGGUGUUUCAUCUGGUGAUGAAACACUGCAUCUCAUGUUUGAUAUAUUACGUCAAAUACUGUGCCGCUCACCAGUGGUGUGACAAGUGGGACCUGUUUGAAAUUGGCUUUGUAGCAUGGCAAAUGUAAUAAAGGUGCUAGGUCCAACUCUUAGCCAUAACUAACGCGGAGCAAAAUCGCAUCACCUUUGGCAAGAGUCAAAGACAACCUUAAUUACCAUCUUUUUUGUUAGAACUUACAGUCGACAAAGGCAGCAGUAAAAGUAGCCUUUACCACCUUAGACUGUGUGUACUUCGGCCAGUGCUAAAGUAAUUAAUCCUGUAGCAGUGUUUUGGCUCGUUUUCCAUUAUGUAGGGACUCUGGAUUCUGGAAUCCGCGAAAUGUUUGUUUGUGGAAUCCGGAAUCCUGGGCUAUGGAAUCCGAAAUACAGUUCAAGGAUUCCGGAAUCCCACUUACGAUUGGAAUCCAGAAUCAAGGUUUUACUAACAGGGACUGGAAUCCAUUACUUGGAAUCCGGAAUCCACGUCGUGGAAUCCAGAAUCCAAGGGUCGACUAGGUCAAGCGUCAGUUUUUUGUCUUUCUUUCAGCUACGCCCUGAUGACGGAUUGUUGGAAACAAAACCCGGAUAACAGGCCAAGUUUCAAGGAGCUGGUUGAGAUGCUUGAAAAUUUGAUGCUUCAGGAUGUGGAAUAUUUUGACUUUAACUUACUGGAUGAGACUAAAGAUUACUAUCAAUUUCAAGAAUCGAAGACAGGAGAAGUCAACAGUGAUAACAGAUCUGGGCAGGAAAAAGUAUCUUCUAUUGAUCUGGCUAUUUAGGACUGAUCGAUUUAAAGUAUCUUGAACGAUAUAUCUGUUGUCACAGUAAAAGUAUAUUCGUUUAAAGUAUUUCCUCUCCUUUUCA